AUGAGCUCCGUAGAUGCUGUGCUCCUACAGUUCGGCCUGGGCGCGGCCGCCCUGGUCCUGCGCUACUUCUCGCGGCCCUUCGUUUACUGCUGCCAGCGCUGCACAGCUUGCAUCUGGAACUGCCUCUGCUGCCUUUGCGUCUACAAGAGGAAGCGCGCGGCUUCCUUGGAGGAGGGGGCGCAGGAGCCGGCCCCGGGCAAGUGCAUGCAGCUGAAGAGGUUCCUUUUUACCCAUGCCGCGGUGCGCUGGUACUGGUUCCACUUGGCGAUCCAGCUCGGUUUCUUGAGCCGGGAGUACCAGGUGAUCUCUGUGGCCUCUCAGGGUGUUUGGCCGAGUGAAGUCUUACUCUCCUACUCAGCCUUAUGGCUGACUUAUGCUGUGGUUUUUGUGGAGGUCUGUCACUUCUCAUCUGUGCGGAACAAGGAUGUCGUGACCAAGAUCACGGUGGAUGGGCUGCUGGACAUGCUUCUGCUUCCGGUGAAUAUCGGCUUCUUUGGGCACCUCUGUGUGAGAAAGCUCGCACUACAAUCAGACGGCCAUUCCUUACACAUCAUCUCCACAAUCAUGGAGAGCUCUGAGAUUUGGGAGGCGUGGGCGCUGUGGUCAGUGCUUGGCUUGUUCGUCACGGUCGUUGAUGUGGAAUCCCGACGAGACCCUGCGCAUCAAGAAUUCGCUGUGCCUUUUCGCAACCUGAGCCUGCAGGGGGUGCGAACGUGGGUGUUCAUGAUUAUCAUAAUCACGGCGACGAGGCUGGUCAUGAUCGGUGUCCUUCAGUCGAGAGCCCCGACGUUGUGCUUCUGGGCUUCUAAAACGUGCACAUCCUGCAAUGAACUCUACGACCAAAACAUCCACCUGGCGGCGGCCGCGGUCAAUUUCAUUCUGUGUUCCUUUGCGCUCGCGUUCGUGUUCACCUUCGAACACAGCUUCGAUCAAUACCUGAGCAAGAUCGGACCUUUCUGGAAGUUCUGGGGGGUAAAAGGGGUGGUGUCAGUGACAUACUUCCAAUGGCUGGUGCUGACUUACGGCCCCCUGAAUCUAGAUGACAAGCGCAUCUACGAGUUGCACUGCUUGCUCUGCACGGUAGAGAUGCCAGUUCUGGCUGUCCUUCAUGCCACUUGCGCAUACCCCUAUGGAAAACCCUGGCUGAACUACCUGUUGCAGCUGCAGCAGCAGGACAUGAGCGAACAGGAGGCCAUAACAGAACGAACGUCGCGAUUCCGUUUCACGGAAUUUAACGUGGAUUUCACGAUCUCCACUCGCAGCUGUGGCCCUGAGACAUGGGUCUUGCUGUUUUACGCACUCUUCUGGAGCUUGGGCUGCUUCGCAAGCCAUGAGUUUGUGGUGUUCCUGCUUCCCGUGGCCCAUGAAGUUCAGGGCCCGCAGCCGCCGAUCUACUACGCGACAUGCAACGCGGAAGGGGACAUCGCGCACUUCCUAGCCGGCUCUGAGCUCCACUUCCAGAUCCGGAAUGACACCGUGGAGAAGCAUCGGCUGCCGGGCGUGGCCGGCGCCUGGCUGCCCUUGUGCGGCAAGGCCGCGCUGGACUGCGAGCCGGGCUUCCACGGCGCCCCCGCCCUGCGCUGUUCGCCGCGAGGCAAAUACGAGCCCACCGGGCUUUGCAAGCCGAUCCGCUGUGGACAGCCCGGAGAAGAAGUUGGUCAUGCCAGGCUGCACAAGUCAGAUCUGGUGAUCCGUGAGUGGACAAGCGACAUGGUGAUCUCCUACGAAUGUAUCCGAGGUUUUGUGGGCAAGAUCCGCGCCAAGUGUGGCAAGGAGGGUCGCUGGACGUUUACGGGCGAGUGCACGGAGGUCCUUUGUCCUGAUCCCCCAACCAUAGCACGUGCGAAGCCCUUGCUGGAGCCGAGCGAGCUGGAAAACCGAACAUGGCAAGCCGGUAUGUCCCUAAGAUAUCAGUGCCUCGAUCCUUUCGUUGGCAUCAUCACGGCGAGAUGCGAGGACGACGGGAAUUUCGUUCUGCAUGGAAGAUGUUUGGCUUUCUGCAAGACACCCCCUGCAGUGCCCAAUGCCAUCGCGGACUACAACAACUCUGUUGCAGGAAUCGGUUGGUCAGAGGGCAUGCGCGUGAAGUAUGACUGCUCACCUGGCUGGAGCGGCACCGUAUUCGCAACCUGCCGGGAGGACGGACAGUAUAGCGUUGAAGGCAGCUGCAAAGCACAGUGCCCUGAUCUGAAUAAGAUCUUGCAUGACACCUACGGGGCUUCCUGGGCUGAUGUCAUCUCCGUGAACCGCUCGCAUUCGCUGGACCUCACGGGCUCCGGGGAAGCCGACAUCGUGGCCCUGGCCUGCGCCCCGGGCCUCACAGGCCUUCCCUUCGCGGCCUGCCAAGAGGGCAGCUGGCAG